CACCGUAGCAGGUUAUACAGAAACCCCAAAGUCUGAAAAAACAUCCCAUAGAACUUCGGAAGAAGUCACCAUUGUCUUGUCUGAGGAAGAUGAUUCCUCAGAAUAUGAGUUUCUACCCGAGGUUUACGAGGUCAGAUCGAGUUGUGAAGAAAGGCCAACAUUUAUGAAACCGGUUUCACCUGGAGAUUCAGAUGAUGAGGUCACCGUCCUUGCAAAUGAACCUGAAGAGGAGUCCUCUCCUGAUGUUUACGAAGUCAAACCGUGCACGUCACGAUUGAAACCGAUGGAUGUUUUCAGUGAGCUAGCCUCACCGGUACCUUCUGAAGACCAGCUGUCCUUGGCCUUGUCUGAAGAACCUGAACUUGGCCUGAAGCUGUCUUCUUCUGAAGCAUCAGAUGGAGAAGGCAAAGAGCCACCGAGCUCCAGGACUGACCGGCAGGACUACAGCCAGCUCCAGUGGCAGCCCACGGUGUCUCUGCUGAGACUUCCCCUGUCCCUUCCUGGACAUGGACGUCCCCCACCUCGGUACCAUUUCAUCGGUAGCAAAGAAGAUGAGCUUUAUCUGCAGGAGGUGGAGGAGAAUGCUCAGUCCAGUGAAGAGGAAUCCUUAGAGGCUGUCACUGAUAACUCCUCUGAGGUCACAGAGGACUUCACAGAGCCUCAGUCUCCGCUGUCCUUGGAGGUCAUUUCUUGCGCCGCCUGUGGAUCAGCCAGUGCAUCGAAGAUCUGCACAGUCUGCAGCCGGGGGUACCACAGGGACUGCCACGUCCCUCCAUUUGGACCAGACAUCUGGUCCGAGUUGGUCUGCUCGCUGUGCCAGGACCUGUCCGACCCGUCGGACCCCUUCAGCUCCGACAGACCGAGGAGCCCGCAGUGUUCCCUCAGCCUGCAGGACCAGAGGAGAUGUGAGACUCUCCUGCUGCACCUGAAGGUCGACGGCUGCACACGCUUCUCACAGAUGGAUUUCUGGUCGGAUCUGAUGCUGAUAUCGGAGCGUCUCAGCCUCCGUCUGUCUCCAGCCUAUCGGACGCCUGCAGAGCUCGUCUCUGACCUCUGGCACAUGUUCAGUGACGCCCCGCAGGACGCGUCUCUAACGGAGCUGCAGCAGAACUUCCAGAAGAAGUUGGUGGAAACUUUGGGUUCAGAGCUUCAUCCUUCUCUGCUGAAGCCACCAAACUGCAGCGACCCCACAGAACCCAGCAGCUCUGCAAACACCAGCAGGAAGAAGAGGGAACUAGAAGAAGACGAAGAAGAAGAAGAAGAAUGCAUGUCUGAGUCCAGGCUGCAGCUUCUGAGGAAGAGACUGAGGGACUUCCUGGAUCUGAGGGGAGGUUCUGCAGCCAACAGACCAAAGAAAAGAAAACAGGAAGACGGUUCCAACUGAGGGACUGGGUCCGGUUACAGUGACCCCCCCCCCCAAUGGGACCCGACACGCCUCUGGUUCUCUGCCUUAGCUGCAACUUCAAACCUCCAGUUGGACUUUUUCUGUUACUGUUUUUCCUUUUUUUGCACAGAGAAUAUUAAUUAAAGUCUUAGUUACUAUUUGAUGUUUUACUGAAUAAAGAAGCUGCUGAAUAUGAAGGAAUUAAAGGGCAGAAUCUGGAUCCCAGACGGAUGGAGAGAACGCGGGAAAAAACCCCUCAUUUUCUGAUCUAAAGGGUUCUAAUGGAUCUGCUUUCCAAGUUCAUAGCAUCCUGCAGUUCAGCCAACAGGGGGCGGCAUAGAGCUGAUCUCCAUCCUAGCACCUGAAGAAUAACAAACUGUUCAUUAAAGGCAAAGACUAUAAAUAAUUUAUACAUUUAUAAAGUUUUGUCCACAGUAUUAAAUCUAUGAUCCACUUUCCUGUUUAUUCUUUUAUUAUUACUGAUCUUUCUAAUAGAAAAAAGGAUAUUUAGCAUUUAGAAAAUCAAUGUCACUGAAUGAUUUUUACUUUAAUUUAGAAUAUUUUUAAAAUAAAGAGUUGCUGAAUGUAAAGAGAACAAAAAGGCAUCUG